UGUACGUCUUGGAGUUGUAUAUUUGAGUCCUCUGGGCUCUCCAGCCCCAAAAUAUUUCCGUUCCAGAUAGUAGAUGAAAAUGAAAAUAUGACGUAUCAAAAGAAAACUGCUUUGUUACAGUGCAGGGUAUAUAUUUAAUUAACUCGUGAUGAAUCGCAAUAUUCCGGACAUCAGUUGCUGAAUUUGAUGUUCAUCCGACAACCUCAGCUCAAGACGUCAGACUGAUACUUGCAAGGGAUGACGUCAACCAUAUUUGAUAGAGGGGUCCCCUCUAUUAACUAUCCGUUAACCUUUCGUGUCUUGAGGUACGCUAUUGCGUUGUCAUGGAUACUUGUCCUGAACGGCGAACACGUGACUGGAUCGUUUCCUCUGCCAAAUCCAAUCGAGUCCCCUCACAUCAAAAACCAAUCGCUUGUCAGCUGCCUAAGUAAAUAUGACCCGACAAUUAUUAUCAAGGCGCAUCCAAGCAACGUAUCUUGUCAAGAUCCAGUUUUCUUGACUGGCUCAUUUGGUACUCCACAACCUCUGAAAUUCCACUUCAAGAUUCGUAUGCCAUGUGUCAUAAGCAAGGGCUACUACGAGCUGACGGGGUACUGUAUGAAUCAAAAUGGCAAUAUGGUUGGUUGUUUGAAAUGGCAGUUCCUAUGGGAAUGACGUAAAAAAAUUUUAUGAUGUCAUUACGGCGCUAUAAAACUGGAUAAGAAGCUGAAUGGCUGUCUGUUCGGCAAACCUGCAACAGUAAACUAAAGCAAAUAAAAAAGGCGUAUUGACAGAGGGUCAGGGUCAGUUGAUAACAGGAUUGCCUCGUGCUACCCUGGGCGAGCUGAAACAUGUAUCCAACAACCCAGCUUAAUUUAGGAUAUUCUACUAGAUUAGAGUGUAAAGUUUCCUGUAAUCUGAUCAUCUAAACUAUCUCUUCUUAGUACAUGCUUUUAAUUACAUUUGAAGUAAAACCUCUGAGAGUAAAUAAACUCUUUAUAAUUA